GUCAAAUUCCCGUCUCUCUCUCUCCAUUUUUUUUCUCUCCAUGCCCUGUAAGUUUAUUACAGGAGUCCCAGUCAUUCCGAUCCAAAACCAAAAACAGAGGCCCUCACAAAUCGCCACCCCUUCCGUAACGGUCACCCGAACCCACCUCUCUGUCACUGUAAGAAGACUAUGACUGUAACCACCCACCUGAGCCCAUAGGCCAUUCUUACUCUAUAUAACAGAAUACCAAGGCCACUCUCUCUAUCUCAUUACGAUGAGGUUGUGUUGUUUGGGAUCAAAUUCGUCACCGAGAAUGAGAUCUUCAUCUUUUUAAGCUCCGGUUUCGAUUCGAUUUCCCGAGAUGCUGACGUGUAUUCCCUGCUCCAAGCAGCUCAACAACAAUGGAUCUCUCCCGCACCAGGACGACGACGACGACGACGACGGCGUCGCCGCCACUCCAAGGACGAAGCAAGCGCUCAAGGCUCUGACUGCUCAGAUCAAGGAUAUGGCGCUGAAGGCGUCGGGAGCCUACAAGAACUGCAAACCGUGCGCUCGGCCGUGCGGCGAGCAGCGCAACCGGAACUGCGCGGAUUCCGACACGGCGUCGGAGUCGGGGAAGUUCCACUGCUCGUACCGGAGGACGGGGAGCGCGAAUUCGACGCCGAGGAUGUGGGGGAAGGAGAUGGAGAGCAGGCUGAAGGCGCUUUCGAGUGGCGAGGGGACGCCGGCGUCGGCGAGCGGGAGGACGGAGUCGGUGGUGUUGGUGGAGGAUGAUGAGCCCAAGGAGUGGGAGGCGCAGGUGGAGCCUGGUGUGCUCAUCACUUUUGUUUCGCUUCCUCAAGGAGGAAAUGAUCUCAAGCGCAUUCGAUUCAGCCGGGAACUGUUCAACAAAUGGCAAGCUCAAAGGUGGUGGGCGGAGAAUUAUGACAAGGUCAUGGAAUUAUACAAUGUGCAAAGGUUCAAUCACCAGGAAGUCCCACUUCCAACCCCUCCUAGAGAUGAAGAUGAGAGUGCAAAGGUUGAAUCGUCUAGGGAAAGCCCUGUGACUCCCCCAUUGAGCAAAGAACACCUACCUCGCAAUCUCCACCACCCAAUGGGUGUAGGGUACUCUUCAUCAGACUCACUUGAUCAUCAACCAAUGCAAUCCCGUCAGUACUGUGACACCAGUGGUUUAGCUUCAACACCUAAACUUUCCAGCAUAAGUGGAGUCAAAACUGAGUCAUCAUCAAUAGAUGGUUCUAUAAGGAGUAGUUCAGAGGCAGAUCGGUCAGAGGUUUCGAUAAGCAACGCCAGUGAUAUGGAGACGGAAUGGGUUGAGCAGGAUGAACCGGGAGUGUAUAUUACUAUCAGAGCAUUGCCAGGUGGGGGCCGGGAGCUCAGACGUGUCCGGUUCAGCCGAGAAAAGUUUGGUGAAAUGCAUGCGAGAUUGUGGUGGGAAGAGAAUAGGGCCAGGAUUCAGGAGCAGUACUUAUGACUUAGAAGAUAGCACAUCUUUGACAUGGCGGUGCAUGGGACUUGCAUAUCCCUUGGAAAUGACAUUUAAAACAGCUGUAUGUUCUUAGGCUCAAACCUCAUCAGAAAAGCUUUCAUGUAGCAUCUAUGACUUGGUUACUUAAUUUCGGUUGAAUAUAUGUGAAUUGUGGGGUUUUAUAAAUUUUAUUUUUCUUUUCUUUUUUUGUUGAAUAUUAGUUUCUUGGAUAUUGGCGAAUGGUUGUGGACAAUGGAUUGGAUGAGAAAUGUUCUCACCAGAAUGAAAAGU